GAUACUUGCCCGCAUAACAUUUAACUAAUUCAGAAUUAUUUAAAUGAAUUUUAACAACGUAACUCAAUAUGUAGAUUUGCUUUUUAUUACACGUCCCUGCUUGAGAAUCUAUUGUUAAAAAUUAUAAAAGAUAAUAGCCCCCCUCAAUGACCUAAAGGUGGCAACAAGCCUCAAAUUAAUAACCCCCUUGUAAACCGUCCAUUUACAACAAUCUGUAAAAAAAUCAUCUGCCUCGGCACCCAAUCAAGUUAAUUAUCCAGGUGGUCUUAGCCCAUUGUAUCCAAUCUUCGACUCAUCUGCUUGAUUUUGGCGACGCUCUGACCAGCUGAACGUAAAAAAGUGAUGAUUCUAGAACUCCGCCCUGGCCAGGUGUAUGCGGGUGAACGCUACUGAUAGUAUAAUAAUGAUAGGAUCAAGGGUUAGUACCAUCGUGGUUAAGACACGCGAAAGCACGCGAAAGAUGAACAAUGGCGGCCCCGACAGCCCCCGUAUCAUCUUGCAUGUAUUCAGAGUGGAUGAUCGACGGAAAAUAUCAAGUUACUGAAAGGACACACGAAGACAACAAGCGAUAUAAACACGUGCCCCAUAAGGACAAGCCGGCGCAAGUCGUCGCCAGAAGAAAUGCCAGGGAAAGGCGCAGGGUGCAGGCGGUCAACUCGGCCUUUGCCAGGCUGAGGAAGGUCGUCCCUUUGGAGAAUACAAGGGGAAAGAGGGUCAGUAAGGUGAAAACGCUGCAACAGGCCAUCGAGUACAUCCAAGCCUUGGUCCAAUUGCUGGAACAAGACCGGAACUGGAUUUCCCACUACUACUCCCACAAGCUCGAGGGGGAUUUCUUCGAUUACAAUUUCUGAGCGUGUUGUUAUCAAAGUCGAUUGUCUCUAGUCAAAUAAAAUCGUAAUUUUUUCCACAAUGCAUCAUUGUGAGGGCACCCACAUCGACCUUGCCUCCAAUUCUCCUUUAUCAUUCCAAUUGCGUAUCCCUUGAUGUAGCAUUAUUAUUCCAUGUGUGGAAAAAUGAUUUAUUUCGCAAAUAUUAAUUGGCAUGCGGUGAUUAAAGCACGUUUUUGUGUAGUAGCAUGUGUAGAGGUGCGGUGUUAAUGCCUCUUUUGGAUAUCUUCACGUAGCAAAGGACAUCACUCGCACUCUGGCAAGGACGUGCAUUUAAUCACUUAUUACAGUUGGGAGUAUUUAUUAUUAUCAACAGUCAAUGUACAUACACGUAAGGAAUGUUUACAUCCUGUUUGGUUGCUUCGGACAAAGCGACCUUAAUCAAUAUUCAUAAUUAACGGCGAUUUGCGGCCUGACCGCAAAAGUGCGAAAAGGGAGGCUGGCGAACGCGGGGGCGAACGGCUUGCCAAAUUAUAAGGUCAAUAAACCCGAAUUUUAUAAAAAAAAUACGAAAAAUUGGUGAUUUUAAAGCGUUUCAGAGACUAAAAAUUACAAA